AUGAAUCGGAAGUGCCGAGCCAAAUUGCUUGAUCAGGUGGGCGCUAUGGCUGGCUAUCUGCCUGGCUAUCUCACCGGACGACGCGUGCUGGAGAUGCGAGUUCGGGUGGCGGGUGACGGUGGAGAGGCACCGGGCGAGUGGACGCGCGAGAUGCCGGCUGCAUGCGCGUGCAUGCGCGUCCCUCCGCGCCCGUGCGCGCACGCCCCACUGCGACACCCGCCAAGUGGAGUCACCAGCUGCAGCGCGCCCCCGCGUCGCUUGGCCCCUGCAAAGCAGUCAGGUGGUCUCCCUGGCUUCAACGCGCACUCGCCGGAUCGCCAAUUGCAGCUCAGCCAGAGUCCACAUCCGAUGCCAGAGUGUGGCUUGGCCCCUGCCCCCUUUUUCCGCAUUCGCACCGCACAGCCUUUUUCCAUCCAGCGCUUCGCCGAGCAGCCGGCCUCGGUCGCUCAUCCAUCCAUCGAAGCCAAGCACAAUGUCGCACCUGCCGUUCGUCGUCAUCAUCAUUUGCUGGCGUGGGUGACGACAUCAGCGUGGGCGAGGCGUCUUCGCGUGCUUUCGCUUCGCUCGCGAGUCGCACCCGACGCUGCACAACUCAAAAUGCACAGAGUGCCAAGCGGCCGCCGUGGCAUCGAAUUGGCAGCGAAUCCGCCCUUGUCCGUCCUACUCUCCGCCGGGCCUUUGUACACACACUCGAAAAAGCAUCUCGACUGUGAUGAUGGGGUUACACCGCAGUCUGGGCGCGGUGUAAUCUCGCUGUCGCCGGUGUCUCUCGCGGUGCUCGCCUCCCGCUCCCGUUCCGCGGCUUUGACUUUGCCGCCUCGCACCACUCAGCCCUUGCCUUUCUCGACAUCUUGCGAGCUCCCCUUUGGCUCGACCAGCCGAGCCGCCGAUGCCGCGGCUUUACGGACUACUGACAUUUGGCUUUGCUGUGCCACCGCGGCUGGGACUCUAUGCUUUCCUGCCCACGUCGACAUAGGCGAGACGACAGGAACAAAGGGACGAGAGCUGCAACAGCCAACGCCAUGCCACCGUGACAUCGGCUAUUCUUGCGGCACUCCGAGACGGACGUCGUUCGCCUAUAUAGACGGCCCUACUGAGGCACCGUCGAUCCACGGGCCUGUCCCUGCUCCGUACAAACUCGAAACCUGCGAGGCCUCCUUCGAUACUCGAUCUUCCUCGCAUCGACAAAGCAUUUCGAUCCACCGACCAGGCAGGACUUCGAAUUAUACUGCAGGAGCGCCGUCUCGCCAGGGCUUCUUGCAUCUCGAGAUGCCGGGAGGACUCUUCGGACGAAGUCGCCGUCGCGACCUCACGGUGCAUGUCAACCCAGCUCGAACAGGAGGUCCCGUCGUGGACCCCGAGCCUCAAAUCAACACCAUGGCAGUCAGCCGUCACAUCACUUCCGCACCGAAAGAGACCGCGGUCAACCUGUUCUUCUACUACUUCUUCUACCUGCUCUUGAUGGCCUCGGCCGUGAUUACGAUCAUCUACGCACAGCGACCGCCGUCGAACUUCGAUCAGACCUUUGACGUCCAGCCGCUUCCAGGUGUCAUUUUCGCUUGGAACAGAGAUGCGGCGGCAACUGCUGUGCCAGCCAUCUCAUCUGGCCGUGAUGACAGCGUCGAAUCUGCCACGUGCACACCGUACGAUUGGGACAGAGGCACAAGGGUCGGCUACGACUGCACAUCGAUCGCCUCCGACGGACAGGCAAAGCUCGUCUUUUCGCUGUACUCGACCACGCCGUAUCCGCCGACCGUUCGAGGUUAUCGCGCAACCACCGACAGGUACGACGAUGUGAGCGUUCCGACCUACUAUGUCAAGUACUACACGUAUCUUCCGCCGCAGUCAACAUCAUCGCUACCAUCAGCUGCAGCUACAGCGUCGCCUUCUGCAGGCCUCGCUGCGCGCGAAACUAUCGAGCAGGCCCAGGCGUCCUCACCGUCGUACUCGGGCCCUUCACGCACCCAAGUAGCUCCGAGAGCGGCAUCAGCCACAUUGGCUCCUGUGUCUCUGCAGGCUCGACAAGUCGGCGGCGUCCCUUCUUCUGCUACAACGGCAACUCCGGCACCGUCGUCGUCGCUUUCGCUGAUCAAGAUCGAGUACGUCCAGUCGUCCAUGUCGGCGCUAGUUGGUGGUACGAUCGUCUCCGUCUCGGCCAUGCCAUCGCCUUCGACCGUCUCGAUCAACGCACAAACCGCCAAGAUGAACGACGGCUUCAAGUACUUCUUCAGCGCCAUCGCGGUGGUGCCAGCUUUCUUUGCGACGCUCACCAUGAUUUGCGUAAGCUACAAUCUGUCGGUGGCCGCACGCAGGGUCAGGCGUUCUAGACGAGGUUCCGGCGCGAGCGCAGAGGCAGUUCAGGAUAGCCAGAAUGAUGUCGACGAGAAGGUAGGACGCAAGCCGAGGCCCAGCAAGGGCAAUCGUCGCGCGCAGUCGGCACACGUCGAUCGGGAUGACAAUCGAUGGACGAGCGACACACUGAUGGCAAUCCAUGAGGUCGGUGAAACGGACGCGACUUCGACGAUAUCAAAGCCUUCGACAAUGCCGCCGGCUUAUGAACGCCGCACUGUUGCACGGCGUGCGAGCGUCGACAGCAGAAGCGUACGCCGCGGUGCCAGGACUCCGUCUGUGCUGACCGGCGUCGCGCAAAUGGGCGAUGGUGACUCGGCUCCGCCCGCGUAUGCAUCGAGACCACCUUCUCGAGUCGGAGACGCUCGCACAGACGGACAGGGAAACGACGAUAUCGAAGUGAUCGCCAUGGAUAGCGGAAGCGAGCAUACUGAGGAAGCGGUAGCAAGCUUGUUUUCCUCGGAUCGACCUGCGCCGGAUCUUUCUCUCGGACCUGUUGACUCGAUGGCUACACCUCGCACUUCGACGAAACGUUCGUCGUCUUUGCUGGUAGGGUGGAUGGUGUUGCCGAUCUACGCUUACAUGUUCUGGUGGGACUAUGCGGCGUUCAUUGUGGUGGGCCUGCUGCAGAUCGCUGCGUUUUCGCUGGCGGCUGAUGCGAUGCUGGACGUCGGCAAGUUUGUGCGCGACGACGCAUGCCUGGGCGAUGGAGACGACUACAGCCUGUACAGGUCGCUGUGCGGUCGGGGCCGAUUCCGGGCGACGUAUCCGCUGAUCUAUACCGACACGAGGCCGCGCACUACGAUCUGGCUCUUUGCGAGCGACCUGCUGAUUCUGCAGAUCAGCCUGGUGGUGCUGUUUGUGGCCAACCUGGGCUGGAUGAUCACCAUCAUGCGCAAGACGGCGCUCACGGAACGCAACAAGCUCGAGCCGGACCGCCGGAUUACGAACGAAAGACACACGGGGAGAUCGGGCCUAGGGUAUAUCGUGGUCCUCCACAAGACGGGCAAUCACGGAAAGUACGGCGACUGGAACGCGGCCGACGAUGUCUAUGCACUCGAAGAGAUGAAUCGUGCUCAAAGCUCAGUCGACCCAACGCCGUCUUCCACACCAACACCAACCAACCAUCUCGACACACACACCUACACCCGCCAACCUCUCACACCUCUUUAUCGCAUUGUCUCCGGCAUUCGCUCCUUCGCAUCGUUCCUUUCACUCUGCAUCAACAGACAGACAGCAUCGACCGGCUCUUCUCGCGCAUCGCUUUAA